GAAAUAUUUCUAUCUAUUUUUAAACUAAUUUGAUCACAAGGUAAAUCACCGAAACAUUGUUCUUCAUCGAAAGUAAUUGUAAAUCAUAAUAUGACGGGACUGACCAACUAUUAUUUCCUGUCGGCGAAUGAACUGUAAAAUUGCCUACGAACUAAAAACAGCUGAUCCAACUCAGCUGUAAAUCUUGCAUAAAUCACUGAAAAAUUGCUUAAACCUUACCAGUUAUGAGUCAAUGGCGGGUUUCGAUUUAACAGAUUAAUUUUGGAUCUCUAUAAAUGCUUGGUGGAGCUUUUCAAACCUUGUUUAAGUUGUUGAGGAAGUAUUUAGUGACGUCACUCGUACCUACGUCUAAUCGUUUUGGAUCGUGUGCCGUUUCCACUGGACAAGGGAUCAGCAACACCGACGAAGUCUAUCAAGAAUAUAAAUACAUUUUCUUUACUAGGAUAAUAUGAGUUUAGAGUUGGAGUAAUAUGGAAUUUACAUAAUUAUUGGUGAAGUGAUUUACUCAAUAUGCAGCAAGUAGCUGUGGCUGUCUUGUUAAUUACAUGUCUUCUUGUGAAUUUCACAACAUCAAAUCAGAAGAACUUGUAUUCAAAUACAUGGGCCAUUGAGGUCGAUGGUGGAGAAGAAGAGGCUAAUAGAAUUGCUGAAAAGUAUGGUUAUAUAAAUUUGGGCAAGGUUGGUAGCUUACGAGGAAUAUUCCAUUUUCGACACAAAACCCAUCCAACACGAUCACGAAGAAGUUUAGAAGACGAAACAAAGCUUCUGUUCGAAGAGACGACGGUGAAAUGGGCAGAGCAACAAGUUAUUAAAAGAAGAGUAAAAAGAGGGAGCAAGUUGAAGUUAAAUGAUCCACUUUUUGCUGACCAGUGGUAUCUGCAUAACACAAGGUCUCCAUUUAUUGGCUAUGAUCAUAAUGUAAUCCCAGUGUGGAAGCAGGGAGUUUAUGGAAGGGAUGUUGUUGUUUCGAUUCUAGACGAUGGAAUAGAAAUGAAACAUCAAGACCUAGCCACUAACUAUGAUUCCAAAGCAAGUUACGAUUUUAACGAUAACGAUCCCGACCCAACCCCACGAUGGACAUCGACGGACGAGAAUAGGCAUGGCACUAGAUGUGCUGGAGAAGUCGCUGCAUCCUUUAAUAACAGUAAAUGUAUUGUUGGAGUUGCCCCAGAGGCCAAGAUCGGAGGUGUGCGUAUGCUUGAUGGUGAGGUGACGGACGUAGUCGAGGCAAGUUCUUUGAAUCUGGAGAAUCAGCAUAUUGAAAUAUACAGUUCAAGCUGGGGUCCUGACGAUGACGGCAUGACUGUGGAUGGACCMGGGCCAUUAGCAAGACGUACAUUUGAAGAAGGCAUUAGCGAGGGCCGUAGRAAACUKGGAUCUAUCUACGUGUGGGCAUCUGGUAACGGCGGUAACUAUGGUGACAACUGUAAUUGUGAUGGRUAUACAAACAGCAUCUACACCCUGUCAAUCAGCUCGGCUAAUGAACAUGGCAGAUCUCCCUGGUACUCCGAGGCAUGCUCAUCMACAYUGGCUACAACCUUUAGUAGUGGUUCGUACGGAAUGAGAAAGAUAGUAACUACGGAUCUACAUAACGGCUGUACGAAGUCGCACACAGGAACGUCCGCGUCCGCACCCAUCGCUGCAGGAAUACUCGCACUGGCCUUGGAAGUCAAUCGUAACCUCACUUGGCGAGACAUGCAACACAUUGUAGUACGCACGUCUCAAAUGGAUAAACUCGACGCGAAAGAUAUUGUACGUAACGGUGUUGGUCGUCCUGUCAGUCAUAGCUUUGGUUUUGGCCUUCUUGAUGCAGAGAAACUCGUCCAGUUAGCAAGAAUAUGGAAAACGGUCCCAGCACAGCAUGUUUGUCAAGAAAUUCCUGACGCUAAGAAGAGGAGAAUCUACAGUAACAAAACCCUUCGYGUUGAAAAAGAAGUCACUGGAUGCAAAGGAACUGUCAAUGAAGUAAAAUWUCUAGAACACGUCGAGGCCGUUAUCUCUCUCUCCUUCAGCAAACGAGGAGAUCUWGUUCUUUACCUAACAUCACCUAAAGGAACAAGGUCUACUUUACUGGCACAAAGAAUUCGUGACAAAGACUCGAGGGUUGGUUUUAAUAACUGGACAUUUAUGACCACACAUUGUUGGGGAGAAAGUCCUGAAGGAAAAUGGACUUUGGAAGCUCGUAAUGCAGCUAGACAACCCAGUAGCAAUAAUGGGAUCAUUAAAAAUUGGUCAUUACGAUUUUACGGGACAUCACAAGACCCUGACACUCCAGCAACGCGCUAUAAAAAGCCUGUGUCUGCUUGCGACGUUGAAUGUGAUAGGGGCUGUAGUGGACCAGGUCCAGACAAGUGCAAUGGAUGUAGUCAUUAUCGCCGCAAAGUUACUGGGGAGUGUGUUUCUGCAUGCAACAAGAACGAGUAUGCUCAUGGCAAGGAAUGCAUACCAUGCAGUCCAACAUGUAACACAUGCAAUGGACCAUCAAGUACAGAUUGCAAGUCAUGUUUAUCACCAUUGCUUCUGAUGAAAAACAAAUGUAUCAGUCUUUGUCCUCCAACAUGGUUUAAGCUGCAAAACAAGUGCAUCAAGUGUAAUUCACCCUGUAAGACAUGCACUGGGAAAGCAACACAGUGUACAUCCUGYGAAACAUCCCACAAACUUGUUGGCUCCUCCUGCAAGCCCUUCUGCUCUGCUGGGUUCUUCAAAAAGGACAAAKCAUGUGUUGCUUGCCAUUUGACAUGUUUAGAAUGCAGUAAAGCGGGUCCUCAGGGCUGUACAAAGUGUAUUAAUUCAUUACACUUUCACAAAGGACAAUGUAUAAAGAAUUGUCCAUCAGGCACUUACAAUAAUCAAAUUACACAUGAAUGCAAAAAAUGCCAUCCAGACUGYAUUGAWUGCUCAGGGCAACAAGCUGAUGACUGCUUAAUUUGUACCCCYGGUCUGUACAGAGUGGCUGAGCCUCGUGGUUUAUGUAAAAAGACUUGUCCUAAAGGUCGGUACCCWGUUACAUCCAAAGGRAUCUGUCUACGAUGUGGCAAAGACUGUGCUUCAUGUAAUAGAAAAGACCCAUCCCAAUGCAUAUCUUGUGUGAAUGGCAAGUUCCUUGACAAUGCAAAAUGUGUCAGCCCAAAAAAUUGUCCAAGCCAAACMUAUCCCAACCAAAGCUCCAAGCAAUGUACCAAGUGUUACAGUGACUGCCUGACCUGCUCUGGACCAGCAACAAACCAGUGUCUGUCCUGCAUAAAGGGUUAUUAUAUUUACAAAUCCAAGUGUGUUGUGAGGUGUCCUGUUACUACAUUUCCAUCAAAAAUAAGCUGCAAGGAAUGUCCAAAACAUUGUACUUCAUGUUUUGAUACAAACAAGUGUCUUUUAUGUGAAUCUCCUUAUGUUUUACACGGAUCUCUAUGCAUUUCUAAGUGUCCUGCUGGAACAUAUAAAGAUCAUUCAUUGAAACAAUGUCUUCCUUGUCAYCCUUUAUGUCGCUCUUGUAAUGGCGGCUCUGCAGACCAGUGUCCUUCAUGCAAAGAUGGUCAUUCAUUGAAAGGCCACACCUGUGUAUCAAAAUGUCCUAAAGGUAAAACAUCCACCAAGACUGGAUGUASUAAAUGUCAUCCAUCUUGUUCUUCAUGCAGUGGUACCAGCAAUAAAGACUGCAUAAGCUGUGCUGGAGUAAAGUUCUUAAAYACAAAAACAAACCAAUGUUCAUAUCAAUGUCCAGAUGGACAUUAUGGAGAAGUAAAGACAGCAAUCUGCAAACCUUGUAGUGUUGGUUGCAAGUCUUGCAAGGAACCUGGAAAAUGUACUGCAUGCGAAACUGGUCUGGUUAAGAAUGGUGAUGUAUGCAAACUCUACUGUCCAGUAGGGAUGUAUGCCGAUAAAGACACCAAUUUGUGCAACAAAUGUGAUCCAUCAUGUCUUGAAUGCUUAGGGAAACCACAGUACUGUAUCAAGUGCCACAGUCAAAGGUUUCUCAAUGACAACAAAUGUACAAAUAUUUGCCCUUCAGGAUCAUAUCAUGAGAGGCAUAGUAAYAAGUGCAAGAGAUGUAAUCAAUGGUGUGCUGAAUGUUCAGGUCCAUCAUCUAAUGACUGUACUAAAUGCACYAAGAGUCUGCUGAAGGUUGGAAAAACUUGUCUACAAAGCUGCCCAUCUGGAUACUUUUAUAAYGCRCAGGAAGAGCGAUGUGAUCCAUGUGACUACUUCUGCCAAGAAUGUAAAAAUGGCAAUGGCUUGCAAAACUGCAUUAAGUGUAUUUCACCAUAUGUACUCCACUCAAACUACUGUGUUAGCAAAUGUCCAUCAACUGGUUGGGCUCUUGACAGAAAGAAACAACAAUGUUUACAGUGUCAUCCAUCCUGUGGCAAAUGYCUUGGUCCAACACGUAAUGAUUGUAUUACCUGCCAUGAUCCUAAUACAGUGCUUCAUGGAUUUACUUGCUUACURCAAUGCCCUAAAGGUUUUGCUAAAAACUUGAAAACACAUCGAUGCCAAAAAUGUCAUCCAACAUGCACUUCWUGCUCAGGAUUUGGGCCAAGUAUGUGCACAGCAUGCGUGAAUGGUUUAACAUUACACAAGAAGACAGGGCAAACAGGAAAAUGUCAAUCAAACUGUGGGCCACAUAAGUUUAAAAGUAAAUCAUUGAAGUGUCAAUCCUGUCACAGUUUGUGUAAUUCAUGCUAUGGCCCAGCAAGUACAAACUGCCURAGCUGCAACAAGGGUCAUGUGUAUUACAGAAACACUUGCCGUCAAAGGUGCCCAGAAGGUACCUUUUUGAAAGCUAAUUUAGGACAAUGUUUUAAAUGCCACCCAUUGUGUAAAACAUGCUCAGGACCAAUGGAAAACCAAUGCAAGUCAUGCAUGUCRACUUUCUUCCUUGAACAAUCAACUUGUGUCAUUCAAUGUUCAUCUAAAACAAAACCUGACAUGAAAAACAAACGUUGUGRUUCUUGUAUYGAUUGUCARGGACAGUCAGGAAAACCUAAGAGUAGAUCCAUACAAGACAAAAACAUUAAGACCAUUAGAUAUAUUCUUGAAGACCCUAAGAAAAAUGGYGUCCUCUCUAUUGCAGUCAUGUCAAUAGUAUUCUGUGUAACWGUCUUCUUUAUUGUACUGGGAGUUCUUCAGYUGCACUCAACSCGGCACCUUUGCUUCAACACUAAAUACACCAUAAUAAAGGCAGACUUAAGGCAUAUUGAUGAGGAUGAAAGGCCACUUACUGAUGAUGACCUGGAUUUGGAUGAAGAAGCUUAGAAUAUUAAUUACUGAAUUAGGAAAUCAAGGACCCAAGAUGCCGUCUUUCAAGGCUCUACAUAUGAUGCAAUACCAUGAAUAGGAACCACGCGCCCAAUAGUUAAUUAUUUCAUGGUUGAAUAGGGGAUAAAUCUUGAUAAACUAUGAAGAUUAUAUCACAUAAAUUAAACUAAUAUAAUUAUACUAGUUAUAGAAUCUCAAAGUAAAUUAUAAAUACAUUCUGCUGUAAUUCUAAUAAUGAUUAUUGUCCAUAGCAGGUCAACAAAAGAAAGAAUUUUAAUAUAUGCCAUAUUUUGAAUAUAUAUUUCUAUUAUAUAGUACUUGAUUUAAAGGAAUUAACCAAAAUAAUAUAAUUUUGAUAAUAUACAUAAAACAUUCAAACAUCAUAGAAUAUCAUAGAAUUAUGAAAUUAUAUUUUUGAUUGAUCAAGAAUUGAAUUUGGAAGGAGAAAUUCCAAGGUAUAUUGGAUUCUAUAACAAAACUCUACAUAUAUAUUUUAUACAAACUUUUUGUUAAAUUUACAAAGACUACUCAGGUUGGAAAUUGAAAAAGGCAGACCUUCUGCAAUGCAUUCCAGGUUUUAUCAAAAUUCAGAUACAGACUUAUUCUAUUUAUAGCCACUCAAAAAACAUAUUCUAUGAAAGAAAUAYGCUCAAAUGAGAGAGAUAGGUUAGUACAUCAAGUUCACAGUCAAUCCUCCCUCCUUUUAAUUGUUCCUCAUUAGGGAGCAAAAUGGCUGUUUACGUACUAGAUCUGAAGUACUGAUCCAACUCUUAGUGCGCCUGUUUAAGAAAUAAUUUCUUCUUCUUGGGACAACUAUUACUGGCUGUUAUUAUACUAUUAAAUUAUGCAUGUUUUGGAUCAAAAUAUCUACAUUUUGAAAAUCUCCCUUUUGGGAUUUUAUAGAUUUUAAGAACACAUAUUUCAAAUAUUUUUUGAUAAAGAAUAUUUUUGAUUGUAAUUAGACUUAUACUAAUAGAGCUCAUGAUGAAUAUGAGAGAAUAAAGCUGAUUUUAAAUGACA